AUGUCUGCUCAAACACUACCUCAAACAGCUUCAAGACGUCUUCCAACAACUUACCAUUCAGUUCAACCUGGUUUUCAUGCAAGAAAACAGCAAAUUCUAGCUUCAUUAAUAGACCAAAUAAGUACUCGAACUGAUAAUAAUAAUGCAAACAAGUAUUCAUCCUCUAAAGUAUCUUCAUUAAUUGAUGAUGCAAUUUUGCCUAUAAUCGAAUUAAUUAACAAACAUGAGGAUUAUAUCGUAACGAGUAGUUGUUCCGGUAAAAUUUCAAUUAUUUCUACUAGUGCUAAUAGCAAUAAAUGUAGAAAUUCAAGGAAAUCUAUCUCCGGAAGGCUAGAAUCUUUAACAACUGGUAGUAUUAACCAUGGUGAAACUGAAAAUGGAGUUGUUUAUAGACAUCAAGAUGAUUUAGAUGAUGAUGAUUCAGAUUUAAAAUUUGGUAGUGGUGACGGUGGAAAAUUAUUAUUUGUCGCUCAUUCAAAAAUUAAUUUACCUAAAGAAAGAGAUUUAAUUAAUAAUUUUUUGAAAACGAUUUUGGGUGAAGAUUUUGAGAAUGCAACAUUAUCUAACAAUGAAAGUUAUGACUUGUUACAAAAUAAUGAUUAUAACUUGAUUUAUUUCAAAUUCAAUUCAAUGAUUUUACAUGUUGAAGCACGUACUUUAGAUGCUGCAAAAAAUCUUGUUAAAUUGGCCGUUGAUACCGGUUACCGUGAUUCUGGUCUGUUGACUACCUCAAAAAGGCAUAUGGUAGCAAUCCGUAAUUCUGUGAAACUUGAAACUCCAAUCGCAUAUUUAAAUUUAUCAACUCAAAAAAUACACCUUUUGGUGGAUUUAUUCUACUUACAUUUACUUAUUAAUUUAAGUAAUCAAAAUUUUGACGAAAUCCUGAGAAAAAUUAACGAUUUAUUGAGCACGCUUGACGAUAAUCUUUUUAAAGGUAUGGGAAGUGGCGAUGAUGGGGCUAGAAGAGCAUCAAAAGAUGGUGGUAAGACAUGGGAUCACAAAGAAGAAAGGAGAGAACGAAAAAGAAAAGAUAUAUUGGCCAGACAGAUUGGAUUAAGGAAAAGUGGUACUUUAAGUGAUGGCAACGAUGGAGAUGUAUCAACUGUUGAUGACGAAACUCAAGGUUUAGAUAAUUUGGAUAACGUGUGA